AAUGUGAUUGGGCCCAUGGUGGUGAGCCAGGUGUUCCUGCCCUUGCUGAGGAAGGCAGCCCAGGAAAGCCCCUGGAAAGGGAUGAUCUGCAGCAAAGCGGCCAUCAUCAAUAUGUCCAGUGAAGGCGGCUCAAUCACAGAUCUCUUGUUACAGGAUCUUGGACAAGGGAUCAGUUACCAUUGCAGCAAGGCUGCUCUGAACAUGCUCACACGGUGCCAGUCGCUGGGAUUUGCCAAAGAGGAGAUCCUCUGCACUGCAGUGCAUCCUGGGUGGUUAAGGACAGACAUGGGAAUCCCUCCGGUAGGUGACUCUUGA